AUGCAUAUUCAAAAUAAACUUGUAUUUCAAAUUGAAGAAUCAUUAACAAAAAUCAAGCAUAUUUUGAAAUUUGUUACAUCAUAUGGUACUAAUGUACACAAACACUGCUUCGAAAAUGGCAUUGCCCCGGAAUUAAUAUUUGUUGGGAAUAAGAUCAAGAAUACAGACUACAUGACUAUCAUUUUGGAAGACCUUGCUGAGUUUAAAGAAGUAUAUGAAAUAUGGGAAGAUUUAAAUCGGAACCAAAAAGAAAGCUUAAAAAAAAAUAUAUUAGAUGCAUUACAUAUAUUGCAAAAUGGUAAUUUUGUUCAUGGUAACUUUUGUUUCAAUAACAUAAUGGCAAGAUUGGAUCCUAACAAGAUUUGGUCUGUAAAAAUCAUUGAUUUUGAUUGGGCGGGAUAUAGUGGUCAAGUGAAAUAUCCUUGGUCAUUAAACACAUCACUUCCAUGUCAUUUGGGUGUAAAGCCAUGUGCAAUAAUUAUUCCUUCACAUGAUAGAGAUAUGAUUAACGGAUCUUUUAGAAAUUA